GUUUCCAUCCCCAGGAAGCAGCAAGAACAGCGGAGGCCGGUACCUUAGCAACGGGGGAACGAGGACGAAGAGUUGGACAGUCCACACAAUGGUCACAGACACUGGAAUAUACAGAAACUCUUUGGAAAACUAUGUUUCCUGGGAUAAAGACUCCACCCGGAGCAACAACCAAGAUAAAUAGAGAGAGGGACUGGGAUCCAAGAAUCAGAGCAGAAGAUCCACCACAGCAGACAGCGCCCCCAGCAGGAGGAGCAGAAUGGACCGUACAAUAUACCUGAUACUUGUGACUUUCCUGGUGUCCCUCUGCUCUUCUGCCAUUCUACCAGAUGAGUAUUUGUCCCAAAUUAAUACUCAGGAAGGAUCUAGGGAUGAAGAGCUCCACCUGGAGGCCAGAGGGAGAUGUCCUGGAAGAAGGAAUCGGCGCCUGCCAACCUCUAUGAUAGUGGACACCAGUGUCAUUGACACCAGUUACCUGGAUAGUUUGGUGGAGAUGGAGGACGUUCACACCCGCUCUCUAUCACCCUGGGACUACCGCCUCAACACAGAUCCCAACAGAUUCCCCUUUGUGAUCUCCGAGGCCGAUUGUGUCACUUUUGCUUGUGUAGACGCUGAUGGCAACGAGAAUCCAGACCUGAUCUCCUCCCCCGUCCAGCAGGAGAUGAUGGUCCUACGAUGGGAGCAGAAAAGCUGCAGCUUCUCCUAUAGACUGGAGACUGUGGUGGUCACAGUGGGCUGCACAUGUGUCAGGCCUAUGGUCAGCUAUUACUGAAUAUGAGAAAAUAUAUAUGGAUUGACUUUUAUGUUUUGUAAACACAGGCUAAAUUAUUGUCUAUAUUAUUAUUUUUAUUAUUAUUUCUAUAGCACCAUUUAUAUG